CUCAGUUUCUCCAUCUCCUUUCCUCCCCCGCGGGAUGACCUGGGGGAGAGGGUCUACCCAGGCUGGGAAUUGCUGUUGGCUAGGAGGCGUGAAGGUGGCCUCGGGCGCCACCUGCUGGACUGUAAAGCUCCAGCUGGGGGUGCAAGGCCAAGGGAAGCCCCGCGCCGCCGGAGCGCAGGGUGGAUGGGCUCACACCUCUCUGCACACGUAGAGCAGGGGCGCGGAUGACAACGCACGCGCAGACGUGUGCGCGUACACUGGUCCUUGCGCGCCAGCCCGAGUGUACGCACGCUGGCAGGCGCGCACGUGCAGACGCGCGUGCACGCAAGCGGGCCGGCACGUGCAGACACGCGCGCGCACUCAGUUACACGCGCGCCGCGGAGGAGCCCUCGGAAACCAGCAGCGCGGGCACCGAAAGACCCUGUUACGCGCAGGCAGAACGUUUACAGGCGCACAGCCCUGCCCACACCUGACCAACGCAGAAAGACUCAUCCAUCCAAGGGGAAGGGGAAUGGGCAGUCGCCUCAGAAGGAGGCAGAGCUCGGGCAAACCGGCGCUCCACCCCCACCUCGGAAAGGCGCCCGAAGGUUUGCGGCCUCUGCUGAGGUGGGCGAGGGUCCGCAGAAAGCUGGGAAGCCGGCCAGGAGCCCUGAGCAGAUAAGGAUCGGCACUAGAGGGCCCCCAACACCGCCUAGGUGUGGGGAAGAAGGGGGCGGAGACGCCGCGGUGAGGCGCAAAGGCCCCGCCUCCCUCAAGGGGAAGGCGCUGUUCUGCUGGGUUUGGGAAGCGCCCCACGCCGAAGCUCCGCCCCCAUCGGUGCGGCGCUCCGGCCUCCUUUGCCGCAGCGGCUCUCUAACCUGGCUCGUACAGAGGCCCCGCCCCCGCCCUUGCGGAAGCCCAGCUUUGCCUUGCCGCAGGAGCCCCCAGUUCAUCUGCGCAAGACGUCACCCCUUUUUCUCCCGGGUGCGACCUCCUUUCCGACUUUAGCCCUGUUUCGUCCUUCAGCCCCAGGGCCGGAAGGAGCUUGCUCUGUUUAAUCAACCCCCAGGUGUUAGCGCUUCGUCCUUCCCGGAGUCGUGGGGGGCAAGAGAUGGUGCCAGGUCCGGAUAGGCCUUGAACGCUGCGGGAGCCCGGUCCACUCAGGUCACCUUGGCCUGCAAUGUGCGAGCCAUUAUUUCCGGAAGUAGGAGGCAGCUGGCAGACGUGUGUGUAGGGAGAACAAACCUGUGGGCUCAGAUUCUCCGAUUCAACGUGCAGGUGCCAGGAUUUCAGAUCCCUUUUGACUGAUUUAAGGCACUAUUUACAAACCCACUCUUCGCGGGGAUUGCAAAGUCGUGGCCCUCAUGUUAAAUUUGGCCUGUAGCGAUGUUUAAUGUGCUAGCACAAGGUUUAAAUUUUUCUAAUUUGAUUCCAGUUAGCGACAGUCCCUCUCCCUCCCUAUCCUGUUCCUCUCAUCCACUUCACUCAUUUUUAUGAACUACCUGGCUGGUAAAGAAUUUGAUUUCGCCACCUCCCCUCCCACUACCAGCACCUGAUUCACAUUUUUAGGUGCCAAAACCAGGUUGACCAUCUGGAUUGUGAGGAGGUUUAUUCCUCCUUCCUGGGUGCCAAGCCACGCACCUGGUUUUCUGCUCGGAAACUAAUGUUUUCAUCCGCCUGGGUCACUUUAAAUGCAUUCCAGGCCCAGGCCCAGACGCAUCCAGGGAAGAUGCCAGCCCUGUGUCACACGGCAGUCCUGACUCUGGGGACACGUGUGAGAAGACACAGCUCAUGGGUUCCUCCCUUAUGAAAGGAUGGAGCCAUUUCUCAAGUGCCCAGUAGGUCCCCAACAUCCAACACUUGACUCCAUUAAUUUUAUUUGAAACCGUCCUCAAGGGGUCCUUGUUAUUCUAAUACCCCAAUUGAUGGAUGAGAGAAUGGAGGCCAGAGGGGCAAAGUUACCUGCUCUAGGUCACAUUGCUGGGAAGUGGCAAAGGCGACAUUCAACCCCAACUCUGAGUCUGAAGCUCACCUCCUUUGGAAUUUUCCCAAACUUGCUCUGAGAGAGACAAAAACACCAACAAUAGGGAAAUGUGGAGGCAGCCGCAGAGCAGAAAUCAGACACUCGUGCAAUUUCAUGGGGACUGCAAGCGAGGAGGGGAGGGUUGAGCUGUGUGUGCACUUACCUAUGUGAUGCAGGUGUAUCUGCGUCCACGCGUGUACAUGGAUGUUGCCCGAGUGUGUUGUGUGAGAUUAGUCCUUCAACAAUGCCUACACCAUUCUUAGAAGUGAGGGGCUGCAGGGAACAGCCCUGACAGAGCUCACAUCCCGUGGGUCAACAAAAACUUGGAACAAGAUAAUUCGGAGUUUUGUGACAAACAUAAAACAGAGUGAUGUGAGAGAUGAUGACAAGGAGAGGGUGGUGACCAGUAUUAAAAAUUGGGGUGGUCAGGUCAGACAUCUGAGGAGGUGAGGUUGGACCUGAAACUUGAAUGAAAGGGGGGUUAGCAUGGGAAGAUCUGGGGAGAGGAACACUGCAGCUGAGGAAGGGCCCACCUUUCUGUGUCUGUGUCACAUGGCAGGUGGACCAGCAGCGAGCCUGAGCCCAGCCUGGCCUCCCCAGUCUGUGGGUGCAGCCGAAUCCUCCCUUCCUCCACCUGUGCUCUUUCUUUCACCUGGGUAGCUGCCCUCAACGCUGCCUAUUGAAAUCCUUUCCUUCUCUGAUCUUUCCCUUGUUCUCCAACAAGAAGUAAUUUCUCAUCACCCCUAUCCCGCUCAGCUGGGCACCCGAGACCCCACCCCCACCCCUGCACUGCACCCAUGUCAGUCCUCGGAGGGCCUUUGCGGGCUGGCUCAUCUGAAAAUUGCCCUCUUCCCCUGAUGAAGGGCUGAGGGCUGCCCUGGUGUUCCUCCCAUUCGCCCGUCUCCCUCCCAGUCUCCCCACCCCCACCCCUAGUAAUUUGGCUCCACAGCUUUCUCUGGAACUUUAUUUUUGUUUUCUCCCUUCCCUAUUUAUAGCUCUCUCCCCUCUCCGAACCAUUCCUGCAUCCAUCCCGUUGCCUAGAAACUGGCUCUGGGCUGAGGGUGGGGGAAGGCCAGGCCGAGCCCAGGCAGGGGGGAAGGAAGAGCUGUCACCCACUCCCCCUCUGCCAGCCUCCCCCAGGCUCCCAGAAGCCCACUCCGCCCUCUGCCCAGCAUCCGUGUGUGUUUUUUUAAAAGAUAAAACAAAAUGUAAAAAACAGCAUCUUGUGUGAAGUCCUUCAAAGCCUCUAAAGGACAUGAUGCAUGUGAUUUCACUUGUGCCUCUCAAUAGCCCACUCUGCCAGAGGCCUGGACCCAUUUUUUCAGAUGAGGAAACUGAGGCUUCAGGAAGCAAAGGCCCCACAGCUGAAGUCUUCUCAGUAGCAACUCCACAGCUUUGGUUUUGUUAGUGUCGGGAUAUUGGCAUGAAACAAUGAAAAAGAAGAUUUAACAGUAUAGAAAAAUUCCAUAAUCUAUGAGUUGCAGACGCUAAAGAGAAAAAUUUUGUCAUGAUCCUGCUGCAUACUAAGCAACCAAUAAUGGCUCUGCCAUACCCUCCACAGUGCCCCUUCCAUGCUGCUCCACCAGCACCCCCUUUUCUUUAGAGGGGGAGGGGUGGGGAGAGACUCUUAAGCAGGCUCCACACGCAGCGCAGCACCUGCUGUGGGGCUCGAUCUCACAACCCUGAGAUCAUGACCUGAACCGAAAUCAAGAGUCGGAGGCUUAACUUGACUGAGCCACCCAGGCACCCCUACCAUGCCCCUUUUGAUGCCCCAACCAUGCCUUACCAUGCCACACCCCAGUACCCCUACCAUGUUGCCACUAUACCCCACCUUGUCCAGCUGUAGCUCAUCUCUGGCCCUAAUCCAAUCCACAAAUUGGACCAGGAAUCCUGAGCUUGGUUCCUGGCUCUGUCAUUUCACCGACUGGGUGACCUUGGAUAGUUCAUGUAAACUCUCUGAGCUUCAGUUUGCUCAGCUCAAAAGUAAGGAUACUAAUUUUCACCCCAUAGCACUGAUAAGAGAAUUAAAUGAGAUACUGAUGAAAAGGUGUUUUGCAAACUGUAGAGUGCUGUAACAUGUGAGUGAUCAAUUAGAAUAGUAAAUAUUGUUACUGUUAUUAUCAGGACCAAGAGGUGGGGCAGGGCAACCAAAGUGGGCCUUGGGAUCAGAGAGGGAGCCCAUGACCUGUGUCUGGGAAGAAGGAGCUCCUUCUCUGGCAGAAUGAAGGUCAAGGUUGGGGACUGCCUGAGAGCACCUGCAGACCACUGAGGAGCAGAGGACAGCUCAGAGACCCUCUUGUGCCUGAUUCCUCUUUCUCAAGCACCCCUGUUCCCUGGCCCCAUCCCAUACUACCCCCUCUUCCUGUGCCCCCCGCCCAAGGCCCACCUCUGCCUUCAAAAUAGGCUCUCUGGGCAGAAUGGGGGAGAGGGCUGCCAAGGACUAGCUGGGUCAUGAUUCAGCCUGAGUCACCCAUCCAAAUCCCAGGGCCGCCCCCAGCUAGGCCAGGGCCUGCAGCUGCCAGUGGAAGGGGGGUGUAGAGAGGGAGGGAGGGGGCCUAUGUGGGCAGCACACUGUGCUCAUAGGUGUCUAGUCCAGGGGCUCUCAUGAAUAUCAGGGCAGUGCUGUGAGGGCCUGGGAGUGAUGCAUAUGAGGAGGUCGGGGUGGGGAUGGUCACCCCAUGGACAUCAGUUACCUGGGCUGACUGAGGAGGCAGGGUUUUCGUGUGUGUGUGUGUGUGUGUGUGUGUGUGUGUGUGUGUGUGUGUGUGUCUAUGCCUGCACAUGCAUGGGGUGUCACACGUACAUGUGACUAAAUGAAGAAGGGCUAAUAGUGUGGGCAGGAGUUUUGCUCCCAGCUUUGUCACUUUCUAGCUGUGUGACCCUGGCAAGUUACUUAACCUCUCUGAAUGUCUGUUUUCUCACUUAGGAAAUGGGAAACAUAUUAUCAAUCUCAGAUGGUUUUCCUUAAGUAUUAAAUGUAAUAAGAUGAUGAUUGUAAAACACCUAGGCAGCCAGUGAAUGGUACAGCACUACCACCACUGUCAUCAUCUAGGGUAUAGUGGAUUAUACAUUGCUGCAUGAGAAUGGAUACAUAUCUGAGUGUUUGUAUUCAGGUGAGUCUGUACAAGCCUCGGUGGGGCAGGGAUCUGGAUGAUUGUUUCUUGAAGAACUGGGUGAAUGUGUAUUGUGUGCAUGUCUCUGAAGCAAAGAUAAGAACUCUUCAGAAAGUGGGUUUAAUGGCACUGUUUGCCUUAUGAUACCACCCCUUUCUCUCCCUGCCCCCCCACACACAUCACACCUUCGGUAGAGGCCAUGAUUUGCUGCAAUUCAGCCUAGACCAGGACCAGUGUUCAGGCAAAGGAGCUAAGAAACUGUGGACGCUGUUAUAUCAGGAGUCUCAGACUUUUCUCAAAAGCCUUUAACCUCAAGCAAAGCUGGAAUGGGUGUGAAGAGGGAAUGUGUUUGAUGGAGUGGAUGUGAACAUGAGAGAGCACAAGAUGUGUGUGUGCGUGCACACACGCGUGCACAGAGGGGUGGAAUUGGGGGGCGGCUGCGUCUGCUCUGGUACAGUCUGCUCGUCUCCAUGGCGCCUGUCACCACACACGCGUGCUUUUCAGAAAGUCACUGGGAUGUUUAUUCCACCCCCAGCCUGGGUGCCAGCCAAGGAGCUGCAGGCACUUGUUUAUCUUCUGGUGCGUAAGAGUGUGUAUGGCUUCCCAGCAGCAGGGCAACCCGAGAUACAUGCACGCACACACUCACACGGGUGUGGUGACCGUGUUAGUUAUCACAGGGUGAGCCACAACCUGGGCCCGAGCAGAUUUGCUCCACAUGGGGACAGAGAUGACCCCCCAGCAGCUCCAGGGAGACACACCACCAAUUCAGCCACCCCCAAAGCUCCAGGAAAGUGUGAAAGCUAGUUGCCCAGGCUGUGGUCUUGUGCUCUGGCCCACCCCCAGAACUAAUCACUGCAUAGCGGUUGGUCAGGCCUAGGUCACUGCCCACCCCUAAAGCUGACAGGGAGGCCCAUCCUACCCCACCACAUGGACUGGAGUGGGAAGGUGGUUCCCCAAGGAAAAUGGAGGUGCUGAGGUCAAAAAAGGGUGCACAGGACUGGCCUUGCCAAAACCCUGGCGUCUAAAGAUGGCAGCCACCACGGGCUCGGGAGUAAAAGUCCCUCGCAAUUUUCGACUGUUGGAAGAACUGGAAGAAGGCCAGAAAGGAGUAGGAGAUGGCACAGUUAGCUGGGGUCUAGAAGAUGAUGAAGCCAUGACACUUAAAAGAUGGACAGGGAUGAUAAUUGGGCCUCCAAGAACAAUUUAUGAAAACCGAAUAUACAGCCUUAAAAUAGAAUGUGGACCUAAAUACCCAGAAGCACCCCCCUUUGUAAGAUUUGUAACAAAAAUUAAUAUGAAUGGAGUUAAUAGUUCUAAUGGAGUGGUGGACCCAAGAGCCAAAUCAGUGCUAGCAAAAUGGCAGAAUUCAUAUAGCAUCAAAGUUGUCCUGCAAAAGCUCCGGCACCUAAUGAUGUCUAAAGAAAACACGAAACUCCCUCAGCCGCCUGAAGGACAGUGUUACAGCAAUUAAUCAAAAAGAGAAACCACAGCCCCCCCCCCCAUUCGAUUUAAGCAGUCAUUUUCCACAGUAGUACAUUUUCUAGAUACAUCUUGUAGACCUCAAAGUACUGGAAAGGAAGCUCCCCUUCAAAGGCAAUUUAUCUUAAGAUACUGUAAACGAUACUAAUUUUUUGUCCAUUUGAAAUAUAUAAGUUGUGCUAUAACAACAACAACAAAAAAAAA